AUGCCGACGCCUGUGGCCUCGUGCUGCGGAGUCAUCGCCACGUUCAAUGUCGACCACAAGUCGAACAAAGCGCUGCACGGAUACCUCGCGAACAUAGCCGAGAUGGCGCCCUACCUACCGACGGUGAUCAUCCUUGACAACCUGCUGGGCGAGGAGAGAAAGAGGAGGAGAGAGGGAAGGAGGAGAGACAGAGAGAGGAGGGAGGAGGAGAGAGAGAGGGAGGAGGCGGAGGAGGAGAGAGAGAGGGAGGAGGAGAGGGAAGAGAGGAGGAGAGACAGAGAGCGAGGGAGGAGGAGAGACAGAGCGAGGGAGGGAAGAAGG